GGCGUCCUGCGUCGUUACUUUUGAAACGAGUGGCGGGGAACUGCUCUGGAAACCCCUGGUGUUGCUGUCUGCCGGGUGGAAGCGCGUGCCUUUAUCCGUGGGCCUGGCCAUGGCGCUGCAGCUCUCCCGGGAGCAGGGCAUCACCCUGCGCGGGAGCGCCGAAAUCGUGGCCGAGUUCUUCUCAUUUGGCAUCAACAGCAUUUUAUAUCAGCGUGGCAUAUAUCCAUCCGAAACCUUUACUCGAGUGCAGAAAUAUGGACUCACCUUGCUUGUAACUACUGAUCCUGAACUCAUAAAAUACCUAAAUAAUGUGGUGGAACAACUGAAAGAAUGGUUAUACAAGUGUACAGUGCAGAAAUUGGUGGUAGUCAUCUCAAAUAUUGAAAGUGGUGAGGUCCUUGAAAGAUGGCAAUUUGAUAUUGAGUGUGACAAGACUGCAAAAGAUGACAGUGCACCCAGAGAAAAGUCUCAGAAAGCUAUCCAAGAUGAAAUCCGCUCAGUGAUCAGACAGAUCACAGCUACAGUGACAUUUCUGCCACUGUUGGAAGUUUCUUGUUCAUUUGAUCUCCUGAUUUAUACAGACAAAGAUUUGGUUGUACCUGAAAAGUGGGAAGAGUCAGGACCACAGUUCAUUACCAAUUCUGAGGAAGUUCGUCUUCGUUCAUUUACUACUACAAUUCACAAAGUAAAUAGCAUGGUAGCCUACAAAAUUCCUGUCAAUGACUGAGGAUAAGCUAAAGACAGUAACGUACUUGUAUUCUCAAAUGUGGUUUUCCUGAAACCAAAUCAACUUUAGUUGAUAUGUUUUAUUUCAUUGGUUAAUUUUUAGAUGGGGAAAACUUAACAUUAUACUUUACUGAAUCUGUGCAUAGUUGUUCCAUUCCUUGGUACCUGUUUCACUUUCCAUAGGGCUGAUGUAAGUUAUUGCACACUGUUCCAAAGGGAACUAGCAGAUUACAUUAGCAUUGUAAUGUCAGUUCCUUUGAAGGUAGUAACUGUAGAUGGAAAAACUUUUGCCAUAAAGCUAAAUGUCUUUCUAAGUCAGACCUUUUGGUCAAGCAGCUUGACUCAGAAUAUAGAGAAAUAUUU